AUGUACGCGAGGUAUAAACACAGACCAAGAGUUGUACAGAGUAUAAUGCGACAAAACGAAAGCGGCCGCCUCUUGGUCUUCACUUCCAAUAUGUCGACCGAAUACUUCUCGAAAUUAGUAGGUGAAGAUAAACAGCAUUAUUCAAAAAAACUCACGCUUGCCAACGGAACACUCCUACGCGACCCUUUUUCACUGAAGGGAGAAGAUUGGAGCGACGAUGUAUCAUUGCUACCCGAUGUUACGCAUAUGGAUUUGUAUGUCUAUCUCAUCCAUACACCCAGUGAAUUUACAAAUGAAUCUUUGAAAGCUUAUAAAUCCUUAGAAGCUUACAACUUUUAUCUUUCUGGGCAUGUUCAAGAUGUUUAUUGCCACCUCUUGAAAGACGUUGAAUUUUGCUACAUUAAAUCCUCCGUACUACCUAGUCAGAGACAAGGACAAAAGCAAAAACUAUAUGAUGUAUGGAUCAUUUUACACACAAGUGGAUGGGUACUUUCAGCAAAUUGUACCUGCGUUGCUGGCCUUGGCUCGGCAUGCAGUCAUAUUGCUGCCCUUUUGUUCAAACUGGUUGCUUGUGCUACAUUGGAGUUAAACAAAAAAGCUUGCACAAGCAAAUUAUGCUCAUGGAAAAAAUCUAGAAAAAGAGCACACCCUGCACCUCUGAAGCACAUAAACUUCAAAAGACCAAAAAAAAGCGAAGUCCUGCCUACUAUAGACGAACCUUUUGAAGGUGAAUUGAAAGGAUUCACAUCAGUGGAUCCCUUGAAAUUCGUAACAGAAGAGGAAAAACAACAGUGGAUUUCACUCAGUCAAAUUGCUCCAGAUGCAGUUGUACUUAAAAAUAUAAGUCUGGAUUUAGGUGAAACAACACACCAUGAUGAUAGCGAAACAGAAACUGCGGAUGAAAAUGAAAAAAACAUUCUUCCUGAACCAUUGACAUACAUAUACGACUCCGCUGCCAUAAAUAAAAAUGAAAUAGAAAUAAAUAACAUUGCUCAAAAAAAUUACAAUCAAUACAAAUCCUCGUGCUUUGAUAUACAGUUUGAAAACUUGAAAAAAUUCACAGAAGCUCAAAGCCUUAGCGACAAAUGGAUGCUACAUCGAGCUGGGCGAAUAACAGCUUCAGUUUCAAAACUUGCCUUCACUUCAGAUUUGAAAAAAACAAAAACGUUAAUUGAGACCAUCAUGCAAUAUAAAGAGCCUGUUGACGUUGUUGCAACAAGAUAUGGGAAAAGAAUGGAGAAUAGAGCUCGUUCAGUAUAUGAACAACAUGUCAAACAACACCAUGUUGAUCUCCAAGUUAUCACAACUGGACUUCAUAUUGAUCCAAACUUUCCAUAUCUUGCAGCAAGCCCUGAUGGAUUAGUGAAGUGCAAAUGUCAUGGUCAGAGUUUAGUUGAGAUCAAAUGCCCAUUUAAAUAUAAAAAAAGUUUGAAGCUAUGGAGAAACGAUAAAAAUUGUCCCAUUGAUAAACCUGGGAAAUUCAAAAAAAAUCAUGCUUAUUACUUCCAAGUACAACAUCAAAUGUUAGUAACUAAAAUGAAUUAUUGUGACUUCUUUGUUUUUUCACAAGGAAAGAAAGAAAAUGAUACUUUUCUGAUCAGGGUUACAAAAAAUGAACCAUUUUGUCGGAAACUUCGUGAAAAACUGGCCAUUGUAUUCGAAAAGGUUUUGUUACCAGAGCUUGUCACUCGGAAAAGUGAUCCCAAGUUACUAAAUGAAGAAAAGGUGUAUUGCAUAUGCAGAAGACCAUCCUUCCCACCUAUGAUUGGUUGUGACAAUUUAGGCUCAUGUGACAUAGAAUGGUUCCAUUAUUCUUGUGUGAAGAUAACAAGAGCACCGAAAACUUGGCUAUGUUCUACCUGUCAGAAUAAUAUUAAAAAAAAAUAGUGUGUCACAUUAUAUCAAAGUAAUAUAUGUAAUAUAAUAUAACAAUAUGUUAGUUGUGUGCGAAGUAUCAAAUUCUCUGUAAUAAUAUAUGUUAUAUAAUGCCUUUGUUCAAGUUCACCAAAGCACAUAUAACGAUAAACACAUCGUCCAAUAAAUCUACUUGAGUGAUAGGUAUGGUUGUGUUCAAAAUUUCAAACUUUCUCAAACGUCCAAUAACUCUCUCAAUGUGGAUUCGAACAUUGGCUAUUUUUCGAGAUCGAUCUACAUCCAUUGCUGACAUUUGUUCCUUCCCUCUGGUAAAUUCAGGUAUUUUUAAUACCACGCCUCGUGUUGCCAACUCUUGCUCGAUAAGGAAUCCUCGAUCAGCCAAAACAAGAUCUCCAUUUUCGACUAAAUCCAAAAAACCACUUUUUAUUGUUAUUUCCUUAUCAGAGACUCUACCUCCCCAUCCUUCUGAUAGGAAACUAACACU